AUAUCCGCACCGAAUGCUAAUCUCCAUCGUAUAAAAUUAUCAAUCUCGUCUUCAACUCCUUCCUUUUCUGAAACAACCUUGUUUUCUAAAAGAAUUUAACCAAAAACAAAAUAGCAGCAACUCUUCUUUUCUCCAAUUCCAGUUCUACCUUCGUCACUUCCGUCCAAAUUCAAAUCCCAGCAAUUCAAUUCUUAAAAUUGAACUCAAUUUGAAUUUUAAAUCUAGGGUUUUCUCGAAAUGGAGGACUUGCCUCUUCCAGCUCUCUUCGAGCAGGCACACAAGAUCCAUGCAGCCGCUACAGAGUCCGGUGCUGAUCAAGAAAUGGUUAAAAAGGGAUGCGAGGCACUUCAUAAAUGUGAGGAAAUGAUAAACAAGUUAGGGCUAUUCUCUGUCAAUGAAACUAAAGAUGAUAUUAGCACCUCUAAUCUUAAAUAUACUCUGGUACCGUAUUAUCUUGCUGAGCUCACUGAAAAAAUUGCACAAGAUGAUAGGAUUCAAAUUCUUAAGGCUUCACAGGCUAAGCUAAAGGAAUUCCUUUCUUUUUGUGAGGCAAUGGAACUUGUACCACAAGAAGAGCUGCAAGCAUCCUCUCAAGGGGGCUCAAAUUCUUUUGCGGAAAGAAGGGCCCAAAAGAUUGCCCGGUUCAAUCGUCAAAGAGCUGCGCAAGCGAAGCUUCUUGAAAUAAAGGAGCGGAAAGAGCGGCGAGGUCGUUCAAAUAGAGCAACUGCUUUGUCAACUCCAGUUGAGGCUGGAGAGGAAGAUGUGUUGGAUGAUGAUGGAGAAGAAGAAAGGGAGGCUUGGCUCACUACCAUCUCAUUGGCCAUUUGUAAGGCAUUUGAUUUGCUCGAACUGCUAAAGAGGGAGGAAGAAAUGCUUUCUGCUGUAAAAGAAAGACAACUAAAGGAAGGGGAUAAAGAAUUUUCUCAGGCUGUUCUUGAUGAUCGAACCAAGAACGCGGAAGCUUGGCAUCGUGGUGCUGCUACUCGAGCACUAUACACAAAGCCAGCACCACCAAUCACCUGUGCUACUUUUGCUCAAGAUGUUCUGGAAGGGAGAGCACAGGUUUCACAGGCACAUGACCAUAAGCACCAGCCAAUGAUAUUUGGACCAGCAAGUCUUGUAGGUGGCAGUCUAACAAGUGAGAGGGAAAGAAUGGUAGCACAGGUCUUCCAACCUACCCAUAGGUUGCCAACCAUGAGUAUAGAGGAAGCUGGGUUAAGGGAAAUGGAGAUGAUGAAUAAUUGGCAAGAGAGAAAUGCUAAACUCAUGGCAGAAGCCAACUCUGCAUGGUACAAGGAUGAUCAGAGGCUAAAAUCAGGGGAGGAAGAAGACGAAGAUAAUGAUGAUGAUGCCGCCGUACAGAAGGCAAGAGCGUGGGAUGACUGGAAAGAUGAUAAUCCUCGGGGUGCUGGUAAUAAAAAGCUUACCCCUUGUGGUUAAAAGAUGGCAGGUUGUGUCUGUUUUCUUUGAGCCAUAGUCAAAACUGGUUUUUUUUUUUUGGCAUAUAUAUUCUCUUAGAUCCUUGCUGCAGAUGUUGGUUCUACAAAAUUUUGGGUCAGUGUCAUCUCCCUUAUUUUUUGUUUAAUUAUAUUAUCAUGUAUUUUAUUGUGGUUCUUUGCAUAUAUCCUUUGGAUGCGCACUCAAUUGUUGUUUUAUUACUGUUCACUUAAUCCAGCGGCCGAUAUAACCAUGUACACUUGAGGACGUGCAUGAAAGAAAAAAUUUCUUUUCUGUA